AAACUGAAUCAUUUUCAAACAAUACUUUGAGGUUGAGCUUUAAGGUUAUUAUUAGUUAGGAAUAGCGUGGAGUUGUGCUGUUUAGUGCAUAAAUAAGGCAUUCGACAUUUAGUAUAGAUUAAAUUUAAAUUUGAUCACAAGUUACAACUUGUUUAAAAAAUGUGAUAUUUGCUUUUAAUUAUCAGUUGAAUUUUAUCAAAAAACGUUUCAGUUUGAUAAUGGCUACAAAGGAACCUUUAGCGUACUGGCGUAGCCUUUACGAGCUCAUUUCAGGACUCAAGUCAGGUGUAAGCCACGAUUAUAUGAAAGACCAGCUGAAAGGCAUUGAAACUCAAAUUCUGGAAGGAUUAAACUAUUUCAAGAAACCCUUGCCUUGCAAUCAGGAUGAUGAAACUUUAAAAAAAUCAAAGGACUCCAAGAUGUAUAAUCUUGUAAAGAAAUUAUCUGCUAUGAUUAAAUUGGAGCAUUUGCAAACAUGGGAAGUACUAUCGAACUACUUGGUGUAUGCUUUUCGUGGGCCGGCUCAGAGUCUAAAAAAGAUCCUUAUUAGUGAGUCGAAAGUGAAUGCUGUUCUCGCCGAUAUGUUUUGCUUCUAUUGUCGAGAGCGAAUGUUCUUGCUCAAAUCAUUAACACACAUUGUCUCAAAACUGGAGAAGGAUCCGCAUAGUGACGUAUACAAGGAAUUUCUGAAUAAAUUAUCAUUCUCAAAACUUUACAGUUCUCUUUCAAAGCAACUUGAAUGUGUUAAAUUGUGCGAACCACCUGAAAUUACAAUAGCUGGCAGUAUUUGCACAUCUCCUCUUGUCACCUUCUGGAUGGAAUACAAUUUACUCGAACAAAUUCAAUUGGUGAAGUUGCUCAUUCUUGUCUAUCCUCACAUAGAACCAUCCAUGAAACAUAUCGAUGCGGCUCUUACAGCUAUUCUUAAAAGUGGAAGUGCCAAACGACCUGGGGCUUUAAGUAAGAAUGAUCCUCAUAGACAAACUCUACUGAAGGUCCUAUGGGACUUGGAAGCAUUCCACUUCAUACAGCUUCUCAGUUUGGAAAAGUUGCCAGGCGAAAACAUUUGGACGGAUGGGGAGAUAUUUUCGAAAAUGGACAGACAGCUGAAGCAAAGCUAUCGAUUCGAUGCAUCGGGCGCUCUAUUCGCGGCGUGGAUGGUGGUCACGUUCCUCAGUCCGUUCAGACCGGACGACACCACUGAACUGCUCAGUCUGGCCACCGCUGUCAAGCAACUCAAUGCCUUCGCCUAUCUCGACCAUUUUCUCAACUCACCCACUAUCAAAGACGAACCAGCAAUUUCCAAAAUAGCUCAUCAAGAAGUGCACGCUUUACUUUACCUAGCGGUUGAGAACUUUGGCGUAGAUUUUGUGCGAGAUGAGCCCAGCGUUUACGCACUGACGGCGACCCUGGUCAGGGAUGAACAUGUGGAAAAAAUGUUCUGGGAGAACAACAAUUGUGGCUUGAUCAAAUUGCUCGAGGAAGCCGAGUAUUGGUUUCCUGAGGUUUGGCAGCCUGCUACUGGUAUACUAGGGGCCCUUGCUUCCCAUGGAAAGGAUCAAUGUAUGAAGGUUCUUGCUCGUCUCAACAACAACAUGAAGUACUGUCAAAAAAAUAUGGGCCACAUAAAGGUCAAUUUGUUGCAAUCGAAUAUUUUUGAAAGUUGUGAAGAUGUACAUCCUCUGCCUCACUGUCCAGAAGUGGUCAUUCCAAAGGGCACCCGAUGCAGUACGACAACCACUUCUGAAUGUGAGAUCAUUCAUUGGGACUUUGCCGUACCAUUCUGGCAAGUCUUACACAAUGAUUUGAAGGCUCUUCAGCAACAGAUAUCCAGUCAGGCUGCUUCAGCAUCUCUAAGGGCCACAUCGUUUCAAAGUUAUUCAGAUGCGUUUUCAAUAGAUGUCAGAAAUGUUGAUUUGAAAGACAGAAUAAUUGGGCUCUUCAAAUUCUCGUCUGAAAUCUUGAAUAAAAAUAUACCUGUUUUACCGAAUGAUAUGUUGAUUGCCAUCGAAGAGGUAUUCAGCAUAAUGAACAAGAACUACGUUUGGCGCCAAGAGUCUGAACUGGACCUGCUGGUCUCAUGCAUGGACAUGUCGAGCUGCCUGCUUGGGCUGUUCAGCACUGAGAUGCUCAACAUAUUGCAGUCGCUCAACUCGCUGCCUGAGGUCGACCACGUGGUCAUGACGCAUGCGCAGUGUGUGCAGGGCGCCUACUACCGUGGCAGUCAAGUCAAAUCCAUCCUCGAGUUGGUCGAAAUCAACAAUGGCCGAUUUCCGUUCCUAAUCUCGUAUCUGCAGUUCGUGCAUAAACUGUUUGAAGUGGAAGAAACGAGGGUGAGCUGGCUGUCGCUGGCCGGACUGAUGUUCGUGCUGCGCGACGUGCUGCCACACUACCAGUCGUGGUACUUUGCGGACGAGAGCGAGCGCGUCGAGGUCGGCUGGCUGUGUCUGCAGACGCUGCACAUGAGCCUGAACGGAUCCAAGCAGCAGCUGUCACCCCCCGAAACAUCCCUGCCUCGCGACCCCUGCGACCCCGACACCCCCGCCCCCGUCCCCAGUGCCGGCCCCACCUUCAACCUCAUCGCCAACACCUGUCUCUACAGCCUGCUCAACAAGGAUGCCGGCAUCGCGCUCAUACGAAUCGUCGCUUUAGGCGAACAAAAAUUGUUUGAUAUGGUGGAGAAAUUUCCGUCUUGGAACAAUGGCAAAAGUGCUUUGCUGAUAAGUACGGUUCAUUAUGCACUGUCGGUUCUGAAUAGAAUCAUCCUAUACAAAGAUGUUCAACAGGAUCCUAGUAAACUAUCGCCAACUGAAGAAGAAAUAUAUAAAGAGCCCAAGGACACAGACAGGUUUCAUUGUGUUUUGAAUGUGGCAAGCUAUAUCCACCAUAGCUUCAAUCCAAAACUGCGCUAUCUCGCCUGCAGACUACUCACAAGAUUUGCUGAUAAUACAAGACUCUCUCUAAUGCUGUGUACUGGUUUGGAGCCUUACACUAUUCGUGACAUGUUCCUUCAGCCGCUCUGCUCGGAAUAUGAAUCUGUUCAACUGAAGGUUGCAAUUCUUGAAUUCAUAACAAAGUGCAUUCAUCGGCAAGCCAGUCUUGCUGAAGCCUUCCUGAAUGUAGUUGAGCUGAAGGAAUGCAUCUCAUCGGGAAAAGACCAACAAGGCUCUAGUAGUGGAGUACUCACGUUUUCCUUAUGCAUCAUCUGUGGUGCAAGCGACUUUUUAGGAGAUGCAGUGUAUCAUGCUACAAUUGAUGUUGUGCAUGCACUGUGGUUGGAGCAGUGCUCAGUGGUGCUGUCCUAUCUGAGACAAAGAAAAGGCUUCUGGGAAAGCCUUUGUAAGCCUCUGUUCGAAGAAGAACCUCGGUAAGUUGGAAAAUACACAUUUAAAAUAUCAUAAUCUAGUUUUAACGUAAUUUAUUUUUUGCAUUUUUUACAGUACUCAAAAAUUACUGCUUGAAUCUGAUUGUUACGUAGA